AUGCCACCAGAUGUGCCCCGGAAGCGGGUGCGCACACCCUCGCCCGCACCCAAGGCGAGCGAUAAAUCCAAGACGUCAGCUCGCAAGACGACCGUCUUUGAAGACCUCGAGGCUUCCGCAAAGACCAGAUCAGCAGAGAAGACCCUGUUUGCGGUCCAGCGCAUGCAAGACGACGACAGCGACAGCAGCUCUCUCUCGUCUCUAUCUGAUGUCGACUUCGAAGAUGUUCCCGCUCCAAAACGCCAGAAGGUCGCUGCCAAAUCCCAGCAAGGCUCUCGUUCUGCGGUCGCGAACGCGAAUGACGUGAGCGAAGAAGACGACGAGGAGGACGAAGACAUCGAGUUUGAAGACGUGCCAGACCAUGUGGAAGCCUCGGAAAAGCUCGGCACUGGGGAGAUCGAGAUCGAGCUGUACUCCGGGCCGCGAAUACCGUUGGCCAGUGAGAUUGGCAAGAAAGGUCUCACCAAGAAGGAGAAGGCUAUGCGACAGAGGACGCAUAACAUGCACGUGCAGCUGCUCAUGUGGCACAAUGCGAUCCGUAACUCCUGGCUCUGCGACCAAGAGGUACAGGCCAUCCUCAUCUCACAGCUCCCACCCCGACUCUGGGACGAGCUGGAUCGCUGGCGACGUGCGAGUGGGUUGGAAGUGCCUGAAGAAGCGCCUAAGAAGCCAAGCCCGAAAGGCAAAAGCCAAGGUCGUGCGGGUGCAAAGUCCAAGGCGCAGAGGAGGGACUGGAGUGAAGCAGCAGAUCGGCUUGAAAGAGGGAAGCCAGACCUUAGCCAUGGCGACCCUAUCCAUAGGCUCCUCACUGCGCUGCGGACGUGGUGGAAGCAGAAGUUCACCAUCACGGCCCCUGGCCUGCGGAAAUGGGGGUACAUGAACAUGAGAAGGGCAGCAAAGCUCGCGGCCAGCCUUGGUCAGCCAGAACACGACCCCGAAACUCAAGGAGAACGCGUGCGUGAUCUUGACGACUUUCGAAAGUUGGCACAAGGCUGUCAUGGGAGUCGCGAUGUUGGCUCACAGCUGUUUACUGCAUUACUGCGAGGACUGGGACUGGAAGCUCGCCUGGUCGCCAACCUUCAGCCACUUGGCUUUGGCUGGUCCAAGUCUGAAGAGGCCGAUGACGAGGAUUCCAAGACUGAUGUCAAGGCUAACGGGUCUGUCGACAAAGCUCCGCCAGCGAAAUUGACGAAGAAAGCGAAACCAAUCAAGCCUGCGAGCCGCCGAGUCAAGAAGAAAGGUGAUGAUGUGCUGGCAAUGGAUCUCGACGAAUCUGAUGAGUAUGUCGAGCCGCUGUCCGAUGCGAGUGACGACGAUUCAAUUGUCGAUGUCACUGACGACUUCCGGCCUAAACCACCAAAACCAAAGCCGUACGAUAAGGAUCUCGAGUUUCCCAUGUACUGGACGGAAGUUUUAUCGCCAGUCACUCACAAGUACGUUCCGGUGGAUCCUAUUGUCAAAACCUUGGUCGGCAGCAGUCGCGAGCUCAUCGAGUCCUUGGAGCCACGCGGAGGAAAGGCCGAGAAGUCGAAGCAGGGGAUGUCGUACUGCAUAGCGCACUCGUCUGAUGGCACGGCAAAGGACGUGACUGUCCGUUAUCUCAAGGGACAGAUAUUUCCCGGCAAGACGAAGGGCAUGAGAAUGCAGAGGGAGAAGGUUCCCGUGUACAACAAGCAUGGCAAACUCAAGCGAUACGAGUAUCACGACUAUUUCAAGGCGAUCAUGCGCGGUUAUUCUCGCGGUGGCAUUAGAACUCCAUUUACGGAAACCGACUACGCAGAGGAUAGCACUGAUCUGAAACCUGCUAUUCCUGAAAAGAAAGAGGUGAAAGAGGGGGAAGAGACUCUGCAGUACUACAAGAGCUCUGCAGAGUUCGUGCUGGAAAGGCACCUGAAGCGCGAGGAGGCUCUGCUCCCAGGGACGACGCCCGUGAAGAUGUUUCGCAACAAGGGCAAAGGUGGAAAAUUGGAAGCAGAGGAAGCAGUCUAUCUUCGCAAGGACAUUGUCCCUGUCAAGAGCGCGGAGACAUGGCACAAGCAGGGACGCGCGCCCAUGCCUGGUGCGGAGCCACUCAAGCAUGCGCCCUAUCGUGUUGCGACAACAAACCGACGGCGAGAGCUUGCCGAAGCCGAAGCGGCAGCUGGACACAAGAUAUUGCAACCUUUGUACGGCUACGAUCAGACGGAUUGGAUCAUUCCAGACCCCAUCAAGGACGGCGUUAUCCCAAAGAAUGACUACGGUAAUAUUGACAUGUUUGCAGAGCACAUGUGUCCAGAAGGUGCCGUCCAUAUCCCUUACCGAGGUGUCGUUCGCGUAUGCAAACGCAUGGGGAUCGACUACGCGGAAGCUGUUGUCGGCUUCGAGUUCGGCAACCGCAUGGCCGUGCCCGUCAUCCAGGGAGUAGUUGUCGCAGAGGAGCAUCAUGACCAAGUGCUUGAAGAGCUGGAGAAGGAUGAAGCCGAGCGGGCGCGCAAGGAGGACGAGAAGAAGCGCAAGCUCGUGCUCACGACAUGGCGGAAGUUCUUGAUGGGCCUCCGUGUCGCAGACCGUAUCCGCGAAGAUUAUGCGCAUCUGGAAGAACAAGAUGGCGCAGAAAGCCAUGCUCACCACAAUAAGGACUGGCAUGCGCAGAUGGAGGAGGCAGAAGACGAGAUGCGUUUCAGAGACGAGAACACGGCGGGAGGGUUCUUGCCUGAAGGCUUCAACGUCGAAGAGCCUGCAAAACCACCUCCGCCGCCGCCGAAACCUCCCACGAGGAGCGGUUACUUCGCCAGCAGUCAAGGAGAUGAGGAAGACGAGGUGGAUCCCUUUGAAAUUGAUCAUGGCGUAGAUAUUGAGGCUUCACAGGCUGGCGGAUUUGUGCCGUUUGAUGGCGGUGAUGGCCAAGUCGAAGAAGAUGGUGGUGGAGGCGGGUUCAUACCUGAAGAAGCACAAGACGGUCUACAAGAUUCGCAAGAAUCGGAAGCCAAGCAAGAAGCGAUAGCGGUACGACCUGCAAGGACUACAAAGGCCUUGAAGAAAGCAGUGCCCAAGGCGAAAGCUAAGCCGAAGCAGAAGCAGACACCGCGGCGUCGAAGCAGGAGGACAAAGGUCGAAGACUCUGAGGAGGAAGAUGACAGCGAGGAGGGGGAUGAUGAUGAUGACGAGUUCAUGCUCGACGAUAGCGAGUGA